AUGGGCACCGAUAAAGAAAGAUCCAUCGAAGUGGAGCGAGAUUGGGACGGAACAAAAAAACCCUACUUGUUCAAGGAGCUCGAUAGCCUCAAGUUGGCGUACUUCGUCGAGCGAGAGGUUUUUGAAAAACAAGAAGCCGUGGUGAAUCGCGUCAACGAUAGAGCCGCGAAAUCGACAUUCGGGAUCCCGGUGAUGUCGAAGCUCAUGCACAAGGAGGAAAUCAACGCUUAUCUCAAUCAAAUGGUUGAGCCGCUGAUCGAGGAAGCCAUCCAUGCCAAGACGAAUAGGAAUAAGCGAACCGCCAAGGCGUUGGGUACACGAUGUGUCGACAUUGUUCUUGCGCUUGGACAAACUCAACGCGCAAUUCGGAUCAACAAAAAGCUCAACUUCUAUCAUGACAUGCUCGAUGUUUGGACUAAAGCAGAGACAAAGGGGGGAUUCGGAGAUGAGGCCGUUGUCGAUUGGGCAAGCGUUGGUAAACGGCCGGCAACGCUGUGCUUAGCAAAUGUUGCAUUUGGCGAUUACCUUGGACCCAGAGCUCUUCAAAAACAUCUUUCUUACUACGCCGAGAUGAUCAACGUUCAGGAUGCGUUCAUCAUUGCUACAAGAAGACUUGGCUGGGAACAUCCAUUAACGUUGAAUUUGUUCAAUCGCUGGAAGACCGAUGCUGCUCCCCCCAAAAACGACACGAAGCCAACCCAAAUUGUGAACAAGGAUUCUGUGGCGCCCAAUGAUACUGGCAAUGCACAACACGAACCGACUUCAAAAGAAGCACCACCGCUUGAAGAAGUCAGCUCUCAGAAAAUGACGCCAGAUGUUAAGCCGCCUACGCUUUAUGCCGUUUGUGAUUCGCAACAGCCAGCAUAUCAUGGGCCGCUCAUAGACACUUUCAAGGCAAGUCACCCUAUCCAAAAUGGUUCUGACGAUCGAUGCUCUCCUCUGUCGAUUUUCUCCUCUGAUCGAAUGAUCCCAGUUCCACACCCAGACAUCUUUGCAGGGCCCCCACCACCUCUACAAUCAAAUGAUGUCCGUUUGGCCUAUGUGAAACCUCAGGUACCAUGCACUGUUGUCCCGAAUAUACAAUCGAAAAAACCACUUAAGUAUUUUGAGGAGGGACCAUUCAAUUUGGAUUCAACUCCGAUUCAAAAAGCAGUAGUAGAUGACCUCAAUGAGGGACCGAGUAAUCGUCCCACUUCAUUGCCCACCUCGCAAGCACAGUUGAUUCAAGAGUUGGCCGGUGUUUAUCUACCAAAUGAUCCAAACACCACCGCCCGCAUUCAAGAGCCCCGGCAGAAUGUGCAAAAUCUACAAAACAACAAUCACUUUGGUGUGAUGAGGGAUCGUUUAUUUCAUGCAUUGCUGGUGAAGUUGGCGCUGGGUUAUCACCGAAGGGUCAGCCGUUUCUGGAGGAGAACGAUCGAGUGUGUCGCGCUAUUGGCGGCGGUUUUCUCAUUAGCAGUUCUCCUUUUCGUGCAUUUGAUGUUCAGCCGCUCGUCGACAACGUGUCUUGAUCAUAUAAAAGAAAUCUGGCCAAAAGACGGAGUACUCCGGGUUGAGAUCAUUCACAAUCUCGACGUUUUGGAGGCGAAAGAGAAAUGGAUCAAUCAGAUGCAAGAAUGGCAUAAAUCGCAAAUGGUCGAGCCGAGGAGUUGCGCCUUCAAUCCGGCUCACGUUUUUCUUUAUGGACCCGAUGUGAUACCGGCAGAGAUCCGAGCACUUGGCUAUCAUGGUCGAUCGUCACAAACCGUUGUUCAUGAGCCGCCGCCGAAUGAAACUGAAGACUCUUUGUUGAACUAUUUCCUUCGACCAUACCCAGAAACGAUGGAGAAAAUGAGAGACGAUGUAGAUUUGGAUGUAGAAGAAGUGAGAGAUGAUGAGGAACAUGAAUAUGAAAUGGGAAGCGAUCAAUGGUUGGCAAUGCUUGAAGAGGAGUACGAUAAGAAAAUCGAUGAGGAGAAGCGACCGGGUUACGUCUACGUGGCCGAAUAUUCUCUUCUCUAUGGAUUGCUACGAUUGCCGCCCGACUACCGACUGAAGCACAGCAUUCCACAAAUGACGAUACGGAUUGACGCUGAUUCAACCUGUUUCGGAACGCAAAAUUGGCGAAAUUUGUUGCUGUCGACGGUUGGUUACGAGGAGAGUAUCAUCUCAAGUCUACGGCAAUUAGCGAAAAAAGAAAAGGAUACAGGUUAUUUACACGAUCUGCGCACUAACGAGCACUACCAUUUCGUGACAAUCGUCACCGGGAAACAAUCCUACGUGAUCGCUUUCUGCAUUCUGCUCAUCUUUACUUUUGCCAUCUCGAUGCUCCUUCGCUUCUCUCACCAUCAAAUUUUCCUCUUCAUCGUCGAGUUGUUGCACAUGUUCGAAGUGAAUCAGACGAUCGUUUUCCCAGCGGCUCCGCUGUUGACCGUGAUCUUGGCGCUUGUCGGAAUGGAGGCAAUCAUGUCGGAAAUGUUCUCGGAUACGACCACCGCUUUCUACGUGAUUCUCAUCGUUUGGAUGGCCGAUCAAUUUGACGCGAUUUGUUGUCAUACGCCGAUCAGUAAACGAUACUGGUUGAGAUUCUUCUACUUGUACCAAUUUUUCUUCUACGCUUAUCAAUAUCGUUUCGGUGGUCAACACGGGACACUGGCCCUCAUCACGACAACCGCUUUCACUUUGCAUUCAAUGAUCUACUUCUUACAUCACUACGAGAUCCCGUUGAUACUCUAUCAGGACAGCCUGCAGAGGAUACUUUCCGAUGUACAGCAUAAUCCGCGACCAGAGACAGCGACGGGAAACGGUGACCCAACCGCUCCCACAGCAACACCUCAUCGACUGAUCCUUCACCUCCAUCAAUUAAGGCUCAUUAGGAGAAAUAAUCUGCCUGUGCAGCACGUAAAUCCACCAACGCUUACAACAGGAAUGGCUGCAGCCACCGAAACGAGACAAACUGAGAUGGUUCAGAUUCUACCAACAAGUGAUGGUGGAGCGAUGGGCAUCGCUGAACCGAUGCCGAUGGAAACCGAGGCACCAAUCGCUCAACAAGACGAAUUAUUUGAGGAAACGGCUCAAAAUGAGUCAUCGCAUGCAUUCUCUGAUGACUCAUUUGAGUUGAUUCGAGAUGUCUCCAAUCGGGUAGCUGACGAGUUGGUCAACAGCGUUUUUCGCGACGUGGUUGAGGGCUCA